AGAGAGGAAUUAAGGAGGACUAGAAGAGAGAAGCAGGACUAGAGGAGGGCAGAAAAGCCAAAAUGAAGCCUAAGUGCUUCCAAAAAAAUGAUCGAGGAUCAGGAGCUUGGAGGAAAAUGAAAAGGAGUCGUGAGGAUGAUAAGGAAAAAUCAGAUGAGAGAAGGAUGAGCAAAAAAGCUAAAAAAUCUGAGAAGAGCUUUGAAAAGAAUAAAAACAUGGGAGAAGAGAGCAGGAAGGAGAUCAAAGAGCAGGAAGAAAAGAAGAAGUUUCAGCAGAAAAGAUCUAGGAGCCCAGAGAGCAGCACAGGAGAAGGAAGCAGCAGAAAGAAGAGACCCUGUGUUCCAGCCACAAGACCUGCCUCAAUUAACAUCGACUGCUUCAGAUUCCACUCUGAGCUUGGACGAGGGGCCUUUGCCAAGGUCAUGAUGGCUACUUGGACCAGCAGGAAACAACGUGUAGCCAUGAAGGUCUCAGAGAAGACACCAGAGACUGAGAUGGAAGUCCGCGUGCUAAAGGUUGCUAAGGGCAGCCCUUUCCUAUGUCACGCCUAUGGGGCCUUUCAAUCAAAGAACCAUGCCUAUAUCAUCCUGGAGUACAUCAGAGGGGGUACACUUAUGGCUGCGAUGAGGAAGACAGGACAACUGAAGGAAGACACCAUCGCGUUCUACGCAGCAGAGAUGAUUUGCGGCCUGCAGUUCCUUCAUUCCAACGGGAUCAUCCAUCUUGACCUGAAACCAGCUAACAUCCUGCUAGACGGAGAAAGCCACAUAAAAAUAGCUGACUUUGGUCUGGCAAUGGACAACAUGGUCGGGAACAACACCACCACAGGCCUGGUUGGAACAUUCAGAUAUAUGGCACCAGAGGUGAUCCAAGGAGAGGAGUACGACGCAGCAGCAGAUUGGUGGUCUUUGGGUAUCAUCAUCUACCAAAUGGCCACCUCCACAUUCCCAUUUUGUACCACAAAUGGGAAACACCUGUCAGCACUCAAGGACGAGCCCUUUUAUCCAAGCUGGCUCAGUAAAGAACUGGUGGAUCUGCUGCAAGCACUAUUGAAGAAAGACCAGCAUCUUCGCCUUGGCACAACCAGGAACAUCAGGAAGCACCCUUUCUUCCAUCAUAUUGACUGGGUGAAACUGGAGAAUCGCCAAGUACAACCACCUUUCCAGCUAGCAGUGCGAUCGGUUGAGGACUUCUGUGACUCCGAUGGAGACUCUCCAUUUUUUUCAAGGAAUAAGAUCAGGAAUGGUGGUAACAGAGUCCUAGAGGAUUUCUCCUUCCUGGAUCCCAGCCUCCAGGAGUAAGUGCCAUGUGACAUCCAAGGCCUUCAAAUACAGUCAUCUGCUCCAGUUCCGCUGCUGCGUAGAAACCAACCAUCAUCUGCUGCAACUGUCUAAAAUUAACACCCAAGUCUUUUCUGCUGACUUCCAAGGAGGUGACCGAUACAUUAUAUAGAUCAGGAUUAGUAUAUAUAUUUUACAUUCAUUUGGGUAUUGUGGGGACUUAAUUUAUUAUUACUUAAUUUAAUUCAGUAGGUAUGUAGAAGUAUAUAUAUAUAUAAUACAUUUUAUGAAUUGGGUAUUGGGAGGAUGUAAUUUAUUAUUAGUUGAUUUAAUUCAGUAGGUAUGUAGAAGUAUAUAUAUAAUAGAUUUUAUGAAUUGGGUAUUGGGGGAUGUAAUUUAUUAUUACUUGAUUUAAUUCAGUAGUUAUGUAGAAGUAUAUAUAUAUAUAAUACAUUUUAUGAAUUGGGUAUUGGGGGGACGUAAUUUAUUAUUACUUGAUUUAAUUCAGUAGGUAUGUAGAGUGUAUGUUAGAGUUAGGCUAGGAUGUUUUUCUCCCUUAACAGGUAAUUAAAAAGAAGAUAAGGUAAGAGACAGCAAUGGAUGGUGAUAUUGUAUUUAACCACCCUAAUAUUUAUAAAAAUCUUUUCCUGGGUUAAACCACAUCCCAAUUAUCCAUCACAAUCAUUUGCACGCAGACAUGCUUCCUAAAAACUUUGGACCUCAUAAUAAUAGCAUUAAAAGUGUAUCCAUGUAACAAAAACAUGUAGAGUGAGAUGAGUAUGAGCCAUGCACAUCAUGAAGCCCAAAAUCAGAUGUCAUUGAUCUAUAAAUUCUGGUUCCAACAAGCGCUGCUACUGACACUAAAGAUCUAAAUAAAAUAAUAUCUAUUUAAGAUUAAACACUUGCAGUUCAUAAAGCAAAGAUUAAUAGUUAUUAAGGUUAAUAGGCAUAAAUAAAAUGAAAAUUGUCCAUAUUAUUAUUCAUUUACAGAUAUUUCUAAACUUCAUGGAUAGCUCCCAUUUUGUGCCAGUGACUAUAUGGUUAAUUGACUAUGCAUAUGGCUUCAUCAAUAGACUCCCCUCUGCACAGUUCUCUCCGCACCUCCAUUAUAUUUUAAAGCUUUGCAACAGCAAGGUCAGCUUCUAAACCAGGUUUAUGUCAUUCCCCUAUUAGAACCUUGAUAUUCAGCUUCCCCAGCUUUAAAUCUAAAGGAAAGUAUAAAUAAAAUAGAAAGAAAUGUAAAAAAAUAAAUAUAAAUUGUACAAUCUCUCAGAAUUACCAGCAAUUCCAUUCAGACACCCCUGUUGUUAUGCACCUGCCAAAUUUUGACUCAAAUCCACCCAGCAAGGCCUCCCCAUUAAACUAAGUCUUCCCCAGGAACUGCCUCAAAGCACAUCACUCUGUCCCUACUUAACAAAAGUAUUCCACCUCCUGUCAAUUUAAAAAAAAAAAUCCAUUAAUUCAGUAAAACAAGCAUUAUUAUUACACAGCAUUAUAUCAUUAUCAUUUAUUUACAUAGUGCCAACAAGUUAUGCAGUGCUUUACAUUAGAUAACUAACAGGGAACAAAUAGUAAAUAACAAACAAUGGUGUACAGAAUACAAUAGGAUUAGAGGGCCCUAUUCGCAAGAGUUUACAAACUAAAGAGUUAGGAUACAAUGACACAUAGGAAUUUUAGAAAGAAAUUUGUGAUCUAUAAUAUGACUGACUAAUUAAGAUACAUUGAAUAAGCUUCCCUAAGCAGGUGGAUCUUUAGGGAGCGUUUGGAAGGAAGGAGAGAGACAACUGGAGGCAGAGAGAGUUCCAGACAAAAGAAAAAGCCAGAGAAAAGUCUUCCAGACGAGAAAGAUGAACGAGUCAAGCAGCACAAGAAACAGAUUGCAGUAGUCAUUAUACAUUGUUUAAAAUGCUUAAUUUUACAAUAAAGUUAAAACCCCUAACAAGUUAAACACUGUGUCUUGUUGCCUUACUAAUACACCAUAAGGUAUUCCUAUACCCUCCAGGUUUAGUGUUGAUACCAAAGGGUUAUACUUUCAUAAGCUAGGUCUUGUAACAAAGGGGGGACUUGGAGAGUUGGGGGAGAGGCGAUGGUUGGAAAGCUGUCAGAUUCAGUACGAUAGAUUUGGGGCAAUUCAGAGAUUGGAGGAAGGGCUAUUUAGUGAAUUAGGCCUCUAAUGCAUGUGGUAACUGAAAAACAUUCUAUUUGGGAGGGGGAAAAAUUCUCAGUUCUGAAAAAGGCAGCAGUUUACCCUCCGCUAUAACAUCUAAAAUGUAUUUAAACCUGUAUUUUGCCCACACCUGAGCUUGUAUAUAGAAAAGCUAAGGGUAUUAUACAUUAUGGCAGAUAGGAAUGGGAGCAGUUACGUGAGUUAUAAAGGUGUUUAUUUAUGUCACAUUCCUGGAAUAUAUGGAGGCAGGCCUGAACUGGUAAAUGCCAGAGGGGCUGCUGGUGGGGGGCUGUUUGGGCCUAAGUGUACUUCAUAUGCCUGGGCCUAUUUUGAACCCCAGUCACGGACAGUGUGAUAGAUCUGCUACAGACUUAAACACUGCAACCUGCUCCGACAUUCCCUGAUGCCCCACUAGGUGGCUGAUUCAUAUAACAAAUGGUACAGGAGUCAGUAGCCCCUAAGGGAGGAUGUACAUACAUCAUGAGUAUUAUGAAUAACUGCUCAGUUAAGGGCCUAUACAUUUCCAAUAAGCUUUCCUCUGCAAAUAUCUGGUAUUAUACCCCAGAGAAAACAACCGUGACAGUCUAACCUCAUACUUUAAGUCUUCCAUCCCUUUAACCAGUUAAAUUGCACUUCUCUGCAUUCCCUCCAGCUUAUUUAUAUCCUCCUAAAGACUGGAGCCCAACACUG